GAAGCAUAGAAGGAAGCGUCAUGCGUAACAAACAAUCCAGGGAGAAUAUCGACCAGACUGACUGUACUGCUGACUUGACGAGGGUCUGACAUCUAUCUAGCCGGCUUUACUGAGACAGUUUGUUGUGUGAUUCCUUUUUAAUAAACCCGCAAAAUGCAGAAAGCAAAGCAGUACGAUUGGAAGGACUCCAACUUAGCAUUAUUUGGUUCUGAUACAGAAAAACAGGUUAAAAAGGCUUCUGCUGCAACAGAGCCAGCAUGGUCUGGAUCUGGACAAGAAGUUGGUUUAAAAGUCUGGAGAAUAGUGAAAUUCAAGGUCACUGAUUGGCCCAAGGAAGACUAUGGCAAAUUUUUUGAGGGUGAUUCUUAUAUUGUUCUUAAUACUUACAAGGAAGGAAGCUCUGAUAAUUUGUUAAUGGAUGUUCACUUCUGGAUUGGUAAACUUAGUACACAAGAUGAAUAUGGAACUGCUGCCUAUAAAACAGUUGAGCUCGAUACAUUCUUAGAUGAUAAACCAGUGCAGCAUCGUGAAGUACAAGGACAUGAAUCGGAACUCUUUAAAAGCUACUUUAGUAGUAUAAGUAUUCUGAAAGGUGGUGCCGAUACUGGAUUCCGCCAUGUUAAACCAGAAGAAUAUACACCAAGACUUCUACAGUUUAAUCGUGUUAGUCGCCGUGUUGAAGUUACUGAGAUUCCUCUCUGUAAAUCACGUAUAACCCAAGAUGACGUAUUUAUACUGGAUCUGGGUCUAAAGAUUUAUCAAUAUAAUGGUGAUAACUCUAGCAAGGAUGAACGAUUCAAGGCCAUGCAGUACUGUCAAAACUUGGAAUCUGAACGUAAUGGUCGUGCUAAAGCUGAUGUAUUGGAAGGUGGUUCUACAGGUGACAGUCAUGAAUUCUUCGCAGCACUAACAGGAGACGACGAACCCGAUGAUGUUGAUGAAGAGACUGAUGGAGUAACAGAACUUUACAGGAUAAGCGAUGAGGAUGGUUCUAUGGACAUGGAAAAAGCCAAGGAGGGAACAAUUUCUAAAGAAGAUUUCGAAAGCAAGGAUGUUUUCUUAAUGGAUACUAAGAAAGAAGUAUUUGUAUGGAUUGGUUCAGGGGCAUCUGUAGCAGAGAAGAAGAAUGCAAUGGCCUAUGCCCAUAACUAUCUUAAAAAGACCAACCAUCCAUUGGUACCAGUGUCAUGCCUUAGUGAGGGACGAGUAGUUGCUAGCUUUGAAGCUGCCUUGGCUGCAUAAAAAAAAAGAAAAAUAUCUGUACUUAUCUGAUUAGGAUGCUUCCUCUUACUACUUUAAGAGCAUCUCAUUAGGACGCUUCCUCUUACUUCUUUAAGAGCAUAAUCACCAUAACUGCUGUGUAGCUUUAGUAACCAGAAUUGAACUGAAUUAUUUCGAAGAAAAUUUCUCUUUAAUAUCAUCUGACCACAAAACUGUCAGUGGUGUUUUAUUAUGUAGGUGUAGGACAGAUCUGAAUUACUUAGAUUUAUUAAGGUGAAUUCAAAUCUGCUUCCUGAUUCAAGAAAUCAACAUUGCUUUUCUGAAUCUGGUACAUAUUAAAUUUGUAAUUAGAAUAGACAGUAGACAGAUUCAGAUUUUCUACAUUCAAGCCAUAUUAUUCGGAAACCGUCCUUCAAAUUAAAGAGUCUAGUAAUCUAGAGCACUUUAUUGUUUACUUGUUAUAUUAUUGAAGAAGUGCCUUUUGAUUAUUUCCACCAGUUUUGAUAUUAAAAUAACCAGAAAUUACACGGGUUUUGAAAACCACAUUCUGUCGUUUAUAUACGGGCCUACAAUAGGCCUUCAGAUUUUGUUUUUGUUUUUUGGGUAUUCACACUUGACAUUUUUAGUUUAUCAGUAUUUGUAUCAAGCAUUAUGCCUGCUUUUUUUGUAAUGGUAUUACAUAUUUGUUUUACAUAUUGAAACUCUUUAUUUGCUCAUUUUUACUGUAUUAUUUAUCUACAUUGUAAAUUAUAUGCGGAAACAUUAAACACAAUAAAACACUGUCUCGAUCGUA